GCACGCGGUCUUUCUCUUUCCCCGUCAACAUGGCGGCAUCCAUGGCAUCACAGGCUGUAGCGAGAGGUUUACGCGGAGCAAGUGCUAAGUACUUAUUUCUUGACAAAUUCAAGUGUGCACGGGUGAGUUCCAGGCGAUGGCUGAACCUGCAGGAGUACCAGAGCAAGAAGCUGAUGCAGGAGAGUGGGGUGACUGUCCAGCGUUUCUACGUGGCUGACAAUCCUCCCGACGCCCUGCAGGCCGCCAAGAGACUCAACGCCAAGGAGAUAGUCCUGAAGGCCCAGAUACUGGCUGGGGGACGAGGGAAGGGUGUGUUCAACAGUGGCCUUAAAGGUGGAGUGCACUUAACUAAAGACCCCUCUGUGGUGGGUGAGCUGGCCAGUAAGAUGCUAGGCUAUAGCCUGACCACCAAGCAGACGCCAAAGGAAGGAGUGGAAGUAAAAACGGUGAUGGUGGCUGAAGCCCUGGACAUCACCAGAGAGACCUACUUUGCCAUCCUGAUGGACCGGGCCUGCAACGGCCCCGUCAUGGUGGGCAGUCCUCAGGGUGGGAUGGACAUAGAGGAGGUUGCUGACAAAUCCCCAGAACUCAUCUUUAAGGAAGUUAUAGAUAUUUUCGAGGGCGUGCGAGAUGACCAGGCGCUCCGCAUGGCAGCUAAUUUGGGUUUCAAAGGACCUCUGGAAAGACAGGCUGCAGAUCAGAUUAAGAGGCUCUAUGAUCUGUUCCUGAAAGUCGACGCCACUCAAGUUGAAGUCAAUCCUCUCGGAGAGACUCCCGAAGGACAAGUGGUGUGCUUUGAUGCCAAGAUCAGCUUUGACGAUAACGCAGAGUUCCGUCAAAAAGCCGUCUUUGCCAUGGGCGACAUGUCAGAGAGCGAUCCCACAGAGACAGAGGCAGCCAAAUGGGACCUCAAGUACAUUGGCUUGGAUGGAAACAUUGCCUGCUUUGUGAAUGGGGCUGGUUUGGCUAUGGCCACGUGUGACAUCAUCGACCUCCAUGGAGGGAAACCGGCCAACUUCCUAGACCUGGGAGGAGGAGUGAAGGAGAAACAGGUUUACGAGGCCUUCAAACUGCUCACUGCCGACCCCAAGGUGGAGGCCAUCCUGGUGAACAUCUUCGGGGGCAUCGUCAACUGUGCUAUCAUUGCCAACGGCAUCACCAAGGCUUGCCGUGAGCUGGAGCUCAAAGUUCCCCUGGUUGUCAGGCUGGAAGGGACAAAUGUGCAGGAGGCCAAGAGGAUCCUGUCAGAGAGUGGACUGCCCAUCGUAGCCGCCAAUGACCUGGAUGACGCUGCCAAGAAAGCUGUGGCUGCCAUUACCAGGAAGUAGAGAGCCUCAGCCUUCCAUAACACUGACCAGUCCUUUCCCCUCUCUGUUCUAAGCACCCUAGUCCCUCCUAACUGCACCCAAAACCAACCAUGCUGGCUCCUGUUCCACUGCACAGGGCAUGUACACCAAUCCUUCAAAUCCCAGUGCAAGAGGCGUCACUACAGUCCCUGGUUUGAAUCCAGGCUGUAUCACAUCCAGUCGUGACUGGGAGUCCCAUAGGGCGGCACACAAUUGGCCCAGCAUCGUCCAGGUUUGGCCAGGGUAGGCCGUCAUUGUAAAUAAGAAUUUAUUCUUAACCAACUUGCCUAGUUAAAAACAAAAAAGAGACAAAAUAUUCAGCCCAUCGCUACGUUUCAACCUCCUGUGUUAUCAUGAUUACCGUAACUGCAAUAUAUCAGGUUGAUUUAUCAUAUAGCUUUUAUCUAUUUUCCGAUCAUAAAGUUUAUACUAUAUUUCUGAGAUUUCUUGGUAUUUUUAUGUUGGUGACUUUAAUUGUGCAUUCCAUUUUGAUAAGCUGAGAAACUUAAAUGUAUUUCUCUAGCUAUAUGAUUACCUUUUCAAAAAAGCAAGAAUAACAUUGUAUAACAUUGGUGUUAUUGUUUUAUUAAACCAUAGUAAUACAAAAGGAAAGACAAGGAUUUUUCUAAGUAAAUGACAUGUUCCAGACUGCAUUUUCAGAUGCCACUGUGAAAUCAUUCAAAAACAUAUCCCGGUAUUCAGGAAUGCAUAGUAGUGUGUAGCUCAUUUGACCCGCCUGGAGUAUUAGAGAGCAGCAUGUAAUGGAUUAUGAUUUUGUGUAAUUGUUUAUGCGUUGUAGUAGGUGACCUCACUGUUUUGCCUUUGUUAAAAUCCAGUUUAUUGAUGCCUUAAUCAGAGGUCCUUAGUAUGUGAAACCUCAACCUCACAUGAGUAUUACAGUAUGUUUGAAACAACUCGUAUGAAAUGUAAAAUGUUGUUGCCCUGUUAACUUUGUAAUUCCAUGUAUGAUUUUAAAGUAGGUCUACUACUUUAAUCUAUAUAGCAGUAUGUAACUUUGAUAAAUCAUCUGUGCCUACCUGAUGAGGGUAAAAACUGGUUUGUGAAGCCAACCAGCCAACACACUGUCCAUCAUAUGAAUAAUGCGUUAGAGAUAGUUUAAAUGAAAUAUUGUAAUUCGAUUUUUAUAAAUGUGAAUGUAUGUCAUUCAGUUGAGAUUAGGUCAACUGUACAGUAUGAAUAAUUGGAGAGCUUAAUAAAGGUGACUAAGAAUU